AGAACACAAUAGGGUUUUACAUACAGUGAGUCACGAAUAAUACUUUGAUCAUGCUGAAUAGAAACCGAAAGAAGAAGUACAUGUAUAUGCUCCAAACUCAAUGUAGAGCUCGGUCGCAGACAUUAUACGGAAAAUAAGCUGGUAUUCGCAUGUGUGUGCAAAUCGUGUGUUCAAGAAUAUAUUAUACCUGAUUUUCACCAUUACUGUUUCCUUUACCGAUAUACAGUAUGACUCUUGGCCUGGGAGACCAUACACGAUUUUUUUUAUAUGUUUGCGGAAGUAUACUUUCAGCCUACUCUUUUUGAGGCCCUGGUCCCCCUACCUUUGGGGGACAGAUUUCCGCCAAUGUUCAUAGGGAGUGCUAAAAGGAGAACAAUGGAAAUACUAUGAAGAUGCUAUAAGAAGUCGCAAAAAGGGAACUUCUGUGAAUUUGUUACUGCAUUCGUCUCAAAAAGGGCUUACACAGUAGAAUUGUUUCAUCCCAGCAACUGUAGCCAGAAUUUUUUUAGUGAUUGCGGUUUAAUAUAAAUGCAAUAUAAUGGAAAGAAGGCGAGUUUGAUCAUAAUAGUCUCUCUUAAAAAAAAACACUUCGAAUGGAGUUUCCCUUGUAUUAAACGAGGGAUUUCUUGAUGGCAGGUACUAUGAUGAAAUUUUUGAGAACAAAUGGUCCCUACAGUCCCGGGAAUAAAUCAGUAUCCUCGACCGGGAACGGGAAUGAAAUAUCGGGAACACCCGGAAGACAAAGACGUGAUCGACGUAUUCCACCUCCUCUACAACUUGUUGAUCAGGCAGAUGGAGACCAGUCACAGAAUGCACGUGGUUGGACUAGAACUCCUGAUCGACGCUUCUCAUCAAGAAGGAUUGCAGACUCUGCUUCAAUCUUUGAUUUCUACCAUGCAUACCUAACUGAAGAACAGGAAGAAGAGGCAUUCAAACACCACCUUUUCAAAACUGGUUCAUAUCUUAUGAGAGAUAGCAAGAGCAACCCACAGGCCGUCACCAUGUCAGUUGUGAUCGACCCGCUUCAUUUGUAUCAUUUCCAAGUAGUUCAAUCUACUAACAGUUUCAAUGUGGUUGGUACAGGCAAUCAGUUUACAAACCUAGAAGAAAUGAUCGAUUAUUACAAGCAGAAUAACAUUCCUGGAAAGACAGACAGUCCUGUCUUGCUUAAGUACCCUGUUCUAUGUAAUAGGUGUGGUAUCCUUUCUGCACCAUCAUCAGCACCUCCUACAACCUCUACAGUACGUAAGAAUGGCCCAACUACACCCGUUUUUACUACAAUUGAACGACCACGCAGACGUCUAGGCAAGAAUAAUCGUCGGGCGAAUUCUGUCGAUGAGUUACCACAAGGAGAUUCACCACAGACAAAGACAAAGACCUUUGUUAGAAUAUCGCAAUCGCAACAGAAGGAGCAGAACCACACGAGGCCAAAUCAACCCAAGCUUCCACCAAUUCCUGAACCAGAAAUUCGGAGACGUCACGAACUAUACGAGAAUCCUCAAGAUAAUGACGACGGUGAUGAAAGUGGGGUAGUAGAUGGGGCAGUGGGUGGUGUAAUGGGCGGAGCAAUUGGUGUGGCAGAAUCUGCAUCAUCGUCUACAAAUGAGAUCGACUCCCGUCCUCCAAUGCCAAUUCCUAGACCUGGCUCGGAGUACAGUCGAGGUCACGAUUAUUCAGAAGCAGAUCAUCCAGACUUGGAUAGAAUCAAGAUGGUUCUAGAGCUCUGUAGGCAAUCAGAUCUCAUCCAUGCCAGUCAUAAGAAGUGCACAUGUGGAUUAUAUUUAGAAGAGUCCAUUCUUGUACAGGGGUGGAUGAUGCAUGUAGAUAAUGAACCAGGUAAGACCCAAGGUCGUAUCUUCUUUUUGGACACAAAAACGAAUACCACCACAUGGUCAUUACCAGAAGAUAUUAAAAACGAAUUGAAGAGUCAAUGUCCUGUUAAAUGGCAGUUUGUCAAGAAGCAGCUGGCUGAGUCAAAACAAAAGUCAAACCCUGUCAAAAUUUAAUCUUAUAACAUAAUUUUUGGUCGUAUGAUUCUCUUUUUUUAGAGUGAAAAUCUUUCUAAAAGGCUUUAAAGUCACGUUAACUUCGAAACAAUAAAAUAAAUACAUUGGUAUAUAUGACGGCACAUCCAAAUGAGUAAAUUUCUACUAUUUCCUUUAUACUAGUUUAUCGAUCAUUUACGAUAUAAUUCCUUUAUUCGAUUUCUUGAUCGUAUCAUCCGAUGUUUUCUUUCUCUUGACAUCUUUGUGGUUGAAAAAAAAAUGAUAAAGACAUAGGAUUACAUGAUGUAUAUUUGAAUCCUGACAUGUAUAUGUAAUGUCUUUAUUUUAUGUAUUUCUGCCAUUAUGAUUAUAAUACACCAAAAAUAAGAGAAAUUAUUGUUGUAUAUAUCAUUCUGCGCUGGUCGCAUUUCAAAGUAUUCAAAGCAUUAUGCAAAAGCUCGUAUAACCAUUAAAAACAUGUCAUAUAGCCAUUUGUCUCAACAAAAUUUUAGCUAAGGUCUUUUGUUGAAGUUUUAAUUUCUUGUAGAUAAAUAUUCAAUUAUACUAAAGAUGAGCCAGAUUUUCAUUUUUAAAGAUUUCAAAUAGUAUUUUAUAUACAGUAUUUAUUUGUGAAAUAUAUGAUUCAUUAUUUUGGUCACGUAAUUUGGGGAAAAAAUCAUGAAAUGACUGGUCGUAAAGUACAAUGACACAAGUUUCGAAUUAAUGUUACUUAGAAUGAUUAUACUGUAUAUUAAUUUGAUUAACGAA